AUGAGAGGUCUGUUAUCUAAUGAUGGGAUGAAUGAUUGGAGUCAUUUUGGCAAGAGACUUAAAGACCACCAAAUGAUUGAUGAUCAUCUCCUCAAUGAAAAUACUUGGAGUGAUUUGCGUCUCAGAUUGGUGAGGCAUGAAACCAUUGAUAAAGCUUAUCAAGACCAAAUUAGGAAAGAGAAGGAACACUGGAGGAAUGUGCUAAAGAGAAUAAUUGCAAUUGUGAAAUUUCUUGCCAAAUACAACUUAGCUUUUCAUGGAACUCAUGAGAGGCUUUAUGAACAUGAUAAUGGUCACUUUUUGGGUGCAGUUGAGAUGAUGGCAGAAUGUGAAGAAGUGAUGGAGGAGCAUUGUCAACGCAUAACCAGUUCUAAAAUUCAUAUCCACUAUCUUGGUCACCACAUCCAGAAUGAGUUGUUGCAUAUGAUGGUUGUUGAGAUCAAAGAUAUUAGUCACCAAGAACAAAUGUCUUUGAUUCUUAGAUGUGUGAAUGUUUCUAAGAGUCCAAUACAAAUUGAAGAGUUCUUCUUGGAGUUUCUACAUGUGCAUGACACUUCUGGUCAGGGAUUAUUUGAGGAGCUGGAGGCUGUGUUACAUUCUUUGAAUCUUGAUAUCAAUAAUGUUAGAGGACAAGGAUACGACAAUGGGUCAAAUAUGAAAGGGAAACACCAAGGGGUACAGAAAAAGCUACUAGAUAUCAAUCCUAUAGCAUUUUACACCCCAUGUGGCUCUACAAAACGGUGGCAAAUUUUGAAAGACAAUGUAAAAUGUCUAACUCUCAAACCAUUAUCCAUUACACGUUGGGAAAGUCGUAUUGAGAGUGUUAAGCCACUCAAAGUGCUCCAAUCUGAUGAUAUGCAAAUUGAUGUUGCCAUAAAUUAUGUGAAAGGUCUUAUUGCUUGGCUUGAUCGGUUUAGAGAAUCUGGAUUCACAAAUGCACUUAAGGAUGCUAAAGAUAUUGCUGAUACAUUAAAGGUUGCUUCUGUUUUUCCAGAAAGACGUCACAUUCAGAAGAAAAGAUUCUUUGAUAAAAGUAGCAGUGAGCCAUCACCAUCAUCUUCAGGUGAGGAAUCCUUUAGAGUGCCUUAUUUGAUGUUUAUUAUAGAUCAAGCUAAGGGCUCAUUAAUCAUAAGGUUUGAACAAUAUCAACAAUAUGAAGAUAUUUUUGGGUUUAUAUUCACUUCAGAAUCUUUAUGUUCCAUGCAUGAUGAUGAUCUAAGAAAUGCUUGUAUUCAUCUUGAGAUUACUUUGCAACAUGGAGAGAGUUCAGAUGUUCAUGGGGAAGCCUUAUUUAGAGAACUGAAAUUGUUAAGGGAGGUAUUACCUAUGGGGAAGAUGGUUGAUGCAGAUAUAUUGAGUUGUUUACAAGAAAGGAAUACUUUUCCAGUUGCUAAAAUUGCUUAUAGGAUCUUGUUGACGGUGCAUGUUACCGUUGCUUCAACCGAGAAGAGCUUUUCCAAGUUGAAGUUAUUGAAAUCUUACUUACGAUCAACUAUGUCGCAAGAAAGAUUAAAUGGACUUGCUUUAAUUUCAAUUGAUAAUGAAAUGCUUGGAAAGAUCAGCUAUAACAAACUGAUUGAUGACUUUGCAGCUAAGAAGGCAAGGAGAAGGAUAUUCAAAUGA